GCUCAGUAUGAUCAAGAUCUCAUUCACGGCAUCAUCAACGAGACCCCAAUCCUCCACGUCUCGUUCAAUGCUCCUCCCAGGGAUGGUCCACAAUUUCCGACCAUCCUCCCAAUGCUGGGUUCCAUCGACACGUUCCCCGGAGACCAGGAACCACACGUCUACCUCCACGGCUCCUCCGUCGCACGACUCUUCCGACUCACGCAGGGAGACGAAGUGCCACUCUGCAUCGCUGGAACCAUCCUCGAUGGUUACGUGCUAGCUCUGGCACCUUUCCACAACAGCUGCAAUUAUCGCUCCGCAGUAGUAUUUGGCCACGGCAGCAUGGUCGAAGACGAAGAGGAAGUGCAAUUCGCGCUUCGGUCAAUCACGAACAAAGCGAAUCCAAACCGCUGGGAGAACAGCCGAAGUCCUCCAACCAAGUCUGAACGUAAAUCCACCGGCGUUCUCAAAGUCCGAAUCGAGACUGCGUCGGCGAAGACACGGACUGGAGGCCCGAGUGAUGAAAAGGCAGACUUGCAGAAUGCUGAAGUUGUGAAUAAUACGUGGAUCGGUGUGGUUCCGACAUAUCUCACCCUGGGAGAGCCCGUUGCAGGCGAUGAGAACAAAGUAAAGAAGGUGCCCGAGUAUCUUGCAGACUGGGUGGCGGAUGCCAACUCAAUCAACGAACAAAAGGCCAUUGAUGCGAUUGAUAGCUAG